AUGAUUUGGUCCAAAGACGGUAACCUAUUGGAUACCCGAAAAUCUCAGCCCAAAGGAAACACCUGUCUUCCAGGAUCUGAGGUUCCUUACACGACCCCCUCCGGACCGCACGAGUUCACGGCCGACCCCGACUCCACGCCACCCGCGAACGCGCCCCGAGGUCAGGCCCGGCCAUCCCAGAGCGGCCGACGAGGGGCGCUGGCCGUGAGAUCGCGCUGGCCCCGGACGCCUCCGCGUGGGUUAGACCCGCCUGCCAACGGGCUGCCCCGGCCGCAGAGGAGGCGGGGCCCGGAGGGCUGGGGGGGCGCGGCCCGGCCGGUCCGCCUUCCGCAUACCGACCCUGAGCGAUCGCCGCGGCCUGGGCCCCGGAGAGAGGAAACGGAUCCCGAACGGGGGGCGGGGGGCGCGGAGAAAGGGUCGCCCGCGCGCAGCUCACCCGGCGCCGCAGCCUCCUCGCGCCGCCGGCGUCCCUGCCGUGCGCCCGCGCGCGCGCUCCCACAGCCCCUCCACGCCGCCCCGCGGCCGCCCGAGCUUCCGGAAGCGGAGAGAGCGGAACGGGAAAGGACGUCGCCUGGGGCCGCGCCGCUGGUCCCGCGGGAAGCGGGCGGUGCCGGAGGCUCCUCGCGGCGGGCGUCACAGAGCGCGGCGGGCCCGCCCCGCUCCGGGACGCGCGCGGGGCGCCGGGCCUGGCCAGCGGGCCCCCUCUCGGAUGGGAAGGGACGCGGGAAGAAAGUGACCUCCGGACCCUCGGCUGUGCCCUGCACCGCCAAGGUGUUAACUGCUGCAGCCUCCGCUGUUAACGAGGAAAGCUGCUUUGAUGGUCUUGUAAUGUUGUACCCAAACAGCGACAGUAAUAAUAAAUAUGGAGGCAGCUGA